AUGGCUCAGCAACACCUAAACAAGGACUUGGAACAGCUCGUUAAGGAAAAAGUGGACGCCGAGCUCGAGAGCCUGACUCCUGAAUCCAUCAAGGGGACCAAAACAGUGAAGGAUGUGGUUGCCGCGGUCCUGCCAGGCAUCGCGAAUAUCAUAUCUGUUGCUGUGUCUACUGCCGUGUCUACAGCAAUAAAAGAUUUCACAGAAAAAUUACUGAGUACAUCUACUGAGACACAAAGGAUUAACUUGCUACAACGCUACGCCUGUGACCGGCUAGAACAGUAUACGAGGAGAGACAACUUGCGGAUAUUUGGAUUAGAAGAUGACCCAGAGGAGGACGAGGACAUCCUACAGGCUAAAGUGAUGGAGGUGGCUGCGGAUGUAGGAGUUAAGCUCGGGGCCAAUGACAUCAUCGCUCAUCGCUUGGGGGAAGCAGCUACAGAUCUACAACGGAAAUGGAAGAGUUUGAGGGACUCCUAUAGAAGAGAACACUGACAUUGUCGAAGAAAAAAAUCGGGAUCUGGCGCAGGAAGUGGGAGGAAGGAAUAUUUGUACUUCAAACAGCUGUCUUUUCUUCAAGAAAUUUGCGCAACAAAACCACAUGCAGCUGAAAGUGUCGAGGAUACUACAGUGCAGGGAGAUGAACGAAAAAACCCAGGAGAGCCUGCACCUUCCACUUCUAAUGUAAAAAGGAAGAAAUCAACUGUACAAUCAGAUGAAAAGAUUAUUCUGGAAGCUUUAGCUAAGAAAGCAAGCGUCCCUCACGAUCAUGAUAGAGAUUUCCUUCUUGGUCUGGUGCCUGACUUCAAGAGUAUUCCUGAGAGUGUCAAGUUCGAUGCUAAGCUUGAAAUCAUGAAUGUGAUCAAGAGGUAUAAACAACAUCCAAAUCAUCUGUAUUUUACAUCAUAUCAACAAACCGUCCCAAGUCCAUAUUCACAUGCGAGUCAUACAUCACACAAUUUCGCUCCUAGCAUCAUGCAUGCACAAUCAAUAUUGACGUGGGAGGCGGAGGCGGCUGAGAGUACUGAGCCUAGUCCUUGCUACACAACUUGA